AUGAUGAUGACAGAAGUGGCAGAUCACAAACGAGCAAGCCAUGAUGGCUUCGUUCUUCGCGACAUGAGCGGUUCAUCGAGAAGUCACAAUGACAGCAGUGGGGUAAAGAGGCCCAAAACUAGCGAUGGUGGAAGAGGAGCUGCUACGUCCACCAAGGAGAAGGACAGGAUGGGAGAGAGAGUGGCAAAGCUGCAACAACUGGUCUCGCCUUUUGGGAAGUCAGACACAGCAUCUGUUCUUUCGGAGGCCACUGCAUACAUUAAAUUCCUCCAUGAACAACUCCAGGUGCUCUGUGCUCCAUAUCUCAGGAAGGCAAUGACAGGGAAGAUGGAGGGGGAUGAUCAUUACAGCCUCAGAAGCCGUGGCCUGUGUCUUGUGCCGCUGUCCUCCACAUUCCAGAUUGCCCGAAGCAAUGGCGCUGAUCUCUGGGCACCAGUAAACACGAAUAGAAAACCAUAGGACUACUACUUGCUCGGGGCACUGUAAAAGGGCAGAUGGUUUCUAACUCGAUUCAUUUCAUUCCCUCUACUGACCUGAGAACUCCUGUUCAUUGUAGAUAUCUUACACUCGUAACCUGAUAUUGUAUUUGUCC